CCCUUUUCCAAAGCCGUUGAAAAUCUAGGGAAUUUUGGAAUGGCUCGUGUUAGAAACGCCGAAGGUAAAUAUGAAUCUACGGCGGCGCGUCCGAGAGAGCCAGCGGAUUCAAGUACCGUGGUCGACCCUACAGAAGAAACCGGAGAGCAGAGAAAACCAGGGGAUGCUGAACUUGGGGAUACUUUCAAUCGAGAUCGAAGAAUGGAGGGGAAGAAAGAAGACGCUGCGACGGAGGAGGCGACUGCCGGCGAAAUGGAUGACUCAACCAAAAAAGAGGAGGAGCAUUUCGGGAGUAGACGAAGCAAAUGUCUGUCGAACUCUCGAUCUUUCGAUCCAACAAUGGAGGAGAAAAAUAAAGCUGCUGCGCCGGAACAAAUGUCCGUCAAUUUCGAGUUCUCGAGCUCUCUUCUCCGGGGAGAAGCUUCAAUAAUGUCGGGGGAGAAAAGACACAGAAAUUCGAGUUGGAUCGAGAAAUGAAUUCUCGAUUUCAAUUUUUUUUUUUUUAAAUUAAAUGAAUUAAAAGAAAAGGAUUCAUUAAAGGUAUAAAAGUAUAAUCCUAUU